UACAGCACCGACGCCUUCCGCAUGUUCUCCUUCAAAAUCGACUGCUGCCCCCGCCUGGCCGAGUCCCACGAUUGGACGCUGUGCCCAUUUCAGCACCCAGGCGAGAAGGCACGGCGGCGGGACCCUCGCUGCUACACGUACCACGGCGUGCCCUGCCCCGAUUUCCGCAAGGGCACCUGCAAGCGUGGCGACGCCUGCACCUAUGCGCACGGCGUGUUUGAGUGCUGGCUGCACCCCAGCCGCUACCGCACGCAGCUGUGCAAGGAGGGCGCCGCCUGCCGCCGCAGCGUCUGCUUUUUCGCCCACUCUGUCGAGCAGCUGCGGGAG